AUGGGGGCAUCUCAUAAAAAACAUGUUGACGAUGAUUCUAAUCUUGAAAUAUAUUCAAUUAUUUGGCUUAUUCCGCCAUGUUAUAAUUCUGAAGAUGUUUAUAAAAUUCAACAACGACUUCGAAUAUCGAUAAAUUAUCUGAAAAUUUUUGAAGAUAAUAUACAAUGUGAAGAAUAUAUUCGAUCUGUUAGUUCAGAAGAUCGACUUAUAUUAAUAGUUAAUGAUCAAUUUGCUCGACAAUUAGUUCCUCGAAUUGAACAACUUCGACAAGUGCAUUCAAUUUAUAUACAUUAUUUAGAUAAAAAUAUAAAUCAACAAUGGUUUGAACAAUUUUCUAAAAUAAAAAGUCUGAGCGACAAAUUAGAUAUAGUUGUAACACGAAUUCAAUCUGAUCAUAAAAUUGAUGACACAUUUCCAUUAAUUAUUUAUAAUCCACAUGAAUUUAAUUCUCAUUUUAUUUUUUCACAAUUAUUAUUUGAUUGUCUUAUUCAUAUGAAUUCAAAUAAUAAAAAUGAAUUUAUUUCAUUAUGUAAAAAUAAAUAUAAAGAUAAUGAAAAUGAAUUAAAUAUUAUAGAUGAAUUUGAACAAAAUUAUUCUGUAAAUCAAGCUUUAUUAUGGUAUACAAGAAAAUCAUUUAUUUAUCGAAUAUUAAAUAAAGCACUUCGAAUACACAAUAUUGAUUUAUUAUUUAUGUUAAGAUUUUUCAUUCAAGAUAUCUAUUAUCAGAUAGAACAAUAUAAAUGUUUACAUCCAAUUCGUGUUUAUCGUAGUCAUUUAAUGUCUUAUGAUGAACUUCAAUUAUUUCAAAAUUCAAUUGGACAAUUUAUUUCAAUCAAUGCAUUUCUUUCUACACGUCUUGAUUAUGGUUUAGAAUUAUUUUAUCUUUAUGAAUCAAAUGAUUUUGAACGUGUUCUAUUUGAAAUCGAUGCUGAUCCUCGAUUGAAUGAUAUAAAAUUUUCUAGAAAUAUUAAAUUUCAUAGUUAUUUUCAAGAAAAUGAUGAAAUUAUUUUUCUAUUAGGAACGAUAUUUCAACUUGACAAUAUUUAUCUUAAUGAUGAUGGUAUAUGGAUAAUACGGUUAAAAUUAUGUUCACAAAAUAAUUCUCAGUUAAAAUCAAUUUUUCAUAUUCUAACAAAUGAAUAUGAUUAUCAUCAAAAAACAAAUCUAUUCUCAUUUGGUCAAUUACUUCUUAAACAAACUCAUUUAGAUGAUGCAGAAAAAUAUUAUCUUCGUUUAUUAAAUGAAUUUUCUGAUCAAUCUGAAAAUAUUAUUCAGUGUUAUAAUAUAUUAGGCAAUCUUACAAAAAAUAAAGGUGAUUAUGAAUUAAGUAUUCAAUGGUUUAAAAAAGCAAUUCAAAUAAGUACAAUAGAAAAUCAAAAUUUAAUCGAAAAUUAUAAUAUUAUUGGAGAUCUCUAUAUAAAAAUAGAUGAUCCUAAACGAGCUAUUGAAUAUUAUAAUAGAACAUUGAUUCUAUUGAUAAAAAUAUUUAAUGAAGAUCAUCCAGAAUUAGUUGUAUGUUUAAAUAAUAUAGCUAUUGCUUAUAAAAAUGAAAAAAAAUAUCAUAAAGCACUUGAAUAUCAUGAAAAGGCGUUAACAAUACUUGAAAAACAUCCAUUAAUCCAUCAAUCGGAUAUAGCAAUAUUACAUAAUUAUAUUGGUAUUAUUCAAAGACAUCUUGGUUAUUUUAAUCUUGCAUUAGAACAUUAUCAAUAUGCAUUAGAAAUUUGUAAAUAUUCUUUUUCAUCAUCAUACAUAGAUAUUGCUAAAACAUUGAAAAAUAUGGGUAUUGUCUAUGAAGAUAAAAAUGAACUAGAACAAUCAUUGUUAUGUUUGAAAAAAGCAGCUACAAUUUAUCAAGAUAUUCUAUCGCCAAUACAUCCAGAUAUGAUAGAAAUUGAAGAGAAAAUUCAAUAUAUUUUAGUUCAAUUGAAAUAA